GCUAAUAAAAUUGAGAUGGCAAGCGUAGAAGAUGCAGCAGCUAAAAUGGUGGGAGAUAAGUACAGGUCUUUCUUAUAUGAUGAGGGAGAGAAGAGUACUGAGUGGAGGCAUGGCGGAAGAGAGGGGCUGCUCGGGGAAGAAACUCUUAGGAUUGGGAACUACAAUGCCUUGCUGAAGAGCUCUCUGCCAAAGGAGUUCCAGUACUACAAAGCAGAAGAAGAGACCUUUGAAUCAUCUCACGAAGCUUUUCGAUCGGCUUUCCCUCGUGGGUUUGCAUGGGAAGUGCUUGGCGUUUAUACUGGACCUCCUGAAACUGUUUUCAAGUUCAGGCACUGGGGUUUCUUUGAGGGACCCUUUAAUGGACAUGCUCCCACUGGAGAGAUGGCUCAAUUUUUUGGAUUGGCCACUCUCAAGAUUGUGGUACGUACUGCAGGAAGAGAGGGGUUAUACGGGGAAGAAACUAUUAGGCUUGGGACCUACAAUGCCUUACUGAAGAGUUGUAUGCCGAAGGAGUUCCAGUACUACAAAGCAGAAGAAGAGACAUUUGAAUCGUCUCAUGAAAUUUUUGGAUCGGCUUUUCCUCGAGGGUUUGCAUGGGAAGUGCUUCGUGUUUAUACUGGACCUCCUGAAAUUGUUUUCAAGUUCAGGCACUGGGGUUUCUUUGAGGGACCCUUUAAUGGACAUGCUCCCACCGGAGAGAUGGCUCAAUUUUUUGGAUUUGCCACUCUCAAGGUUGAUGAAUCUCUUAGGGUAGAAGAGGUGGAGAUCUAUUUCGAUCCAGCGGAGUUAUUUGGAGGCCUUCUAAAGGGACCACCCAUCUCGGAGUCCCACCAUGACGGCGGAGCUACUCAUGGCUGCCCACUCUCCAAACAAUUAGUGUAAAAAGGACGUUGUUCCUUUUAUCCAACUAAUUGUUACUCUAAACCUAUAAAUAAAGACAUUUGUAUUGUGGAUAAAUAAGUUAAUGACCAUAAUGUAGCUUUUAAGGCUAAUUAAUAAUGGUGAAUGUAAGUGUCUAACACCGAACCACAUGUAAUUUCUUAUGUUCUUUUCUCUUUAUUGCUUC